CUUAGUCUUGUUAUUUGGUGUAAUUUUGUUAUUCUUUAGUCUUUCUUUGCUAUUAUGUUGUUCUUUGUUAGUUUGAGACUUAUUUGUUUCAAGUAGUAUUAGCUAAUAAAUAACUAAUAAUUAAAGAAAAAUAAGAACAUAGAUAGAGAGUUGUAGGGUUUUCAACAAAGUUUGGUCUUCUCCCACUGUGUCUGUUUAUCAUUUGAAGUAAUUUCAAAUUCUCAAGAUUACUGUUAAGAUGGGUUGCAUUCUCAAAAUCAGAUUAAAUGUCCCCUUAAGGCUUGAGUUCAAAUUUAUAAAAUCAAAUUAAAACAUAAAGUAUCUGCUAUAUAUAUGUGUGUGAAUGAAGUUGUGGGUCUUGUUAUCAUUCUGACAAAAUUGCCAUUUUCUUUUUCUUUGUAUGAUUUUAUAUAUUUGAGGAGCUUAGUUUGCCAUUCAGUAUUUGGAAUUUGUUUCUCUUAGUUCUUCCUUGUUAUAAGUCGCAUAUCCAUGAGCAAUUGAUCGUUCAAUUAAAGUCCCAUGUAAGCACUUGAUUAGCUAUAAUGAUGGAGCUUAGUAAAUAGUAGGUAUGGUCAUAUUUGAAUAAAAGCAAAAUCAUCAGUCUCUCUUCUGCUCUAUUGUGUUCACAUAUUUUUUAUUGCUUGCUUUCAUGUAAUAUCCCUGAAUGCCCACGGGCAACAUUAAAGAGAAAAAUAAGAUCAACUUUAAAUGCAUAAAACAUGUUUCCUUGUAAUUAUCUAAAACUAAUGUUCUGUAAAUUGCCGUGUCCUUGAUAUUUAGCCUUGUUUGGUUCAGUUCAGAUGUCAACCACUGAACAGAGUGUUUGGUGAAUCUUUUUGAAGGGUAGCGGUCAGCAAUUCAAUGCUUAUGGUUGAAAAUAUAAUUACGUUCUUGUGUUUCUUCAAAUGCUAAAUUCUAAUAUUUGAGCCAAAAAGAGGAUUUUAAUAUAGAAGGGAUCUCAAGUUGAUAUAAUUGCAAAAGAAAAAAAAAAAAAAAAACUUAACCAUACUUGCACAAAAUGAUACUCUAUAUAAAUAUUUGUGGUUUAUUUAUCAAUGUGUACACGAAAAAAGCAGUUUCAACAUCUAAGUUACCAAAUACUUGAUAAUCAAUUGCAUUAGCUGGCUCAAUAGCUAAAUGCUGCCCCUUAGCUACUAACGGCUAAGCACUGACCGCUAUCAGACAACAAUUGAGCGCUAGCUUGCCAAAAACACACUGCCAUUAAAUAGGUCCUUAAAUGUUUCUUCUUUUCUGGGAAAAUUAGCAAUGACCUCUCGUCUAUUCCAUUUACGAAAUUGGUAUUGGAGCAUGAUUUUAAAUAAUGGUAGAGUGAGCUGUACUGGUAUUGGAAACUGGGUCGGACUGAAUCAAGCUGUAUCAGAUUGAAACGGCUUUCACUAUUGUGAAUUUUCAAAUUAUCCUUCUCCUUUUCCUUUGUGGGAAAUUCCCAUUCAAGUGGAUAAGUUUAGAGUUAUAUUGGCUAAUGAGAAGGGAUGGGGCUAGGAGACGAUGGUAGAGUUUGAAAAACAAAUGAUAUUGAGCUGUUCAUAAUGUAUCAGUAAAUAACAUAAUUGGAGGCUAGAAUCCUGUUGCAAAACGGACAAUUGGUAACGUAUCAUCCGGUUUUAAAACCCAAUUUGGAGCCAUCAUAAAGCAAUUAAUGAAUGCCUAGAAAUGCGUCAUUUCUGAUUAAAUAGAGCUUGCGGUUUCCUGUCAGAUUAUUUAACGUAUCCCAAGCUGGAUAGAUUCUUUUUGUUGUCUUUGAAGGUGAUAACAUAUAAAUUUUCGUAAAUGAAGUCUAAAUCGAAAAGGACAUCUGAAUGUUCUACUGUUGCAGUUAUAAUUUGGGAUGAAGUACAAUGAUCGAUAUCAAGUGUGCUAAAUAGGAAUGUGCUUUUUGAUUAAUUUCUUUUUUGCAUGUUAGAAAGAAAAUGAUGUGCUUUACUUGAAGCUACUUUGCUAGUUUUGGUUUUAGCUGAUGGUUUUGUCAGUUUUAAGGAUCUGCUUUGUGCAUCAUUUAUUGAGAGAAUCAAUGGGCAGUUCAUUUAAUCCUCAGAUUUUAAUGGAAAAGCUUGCCAAGCUCAACCAUUCACAGGCAAGCAUAGAAACUUUAUCACACUGGUGUAUUUUUCAUAUGAAUAAAGCAAAGCAAGUUGUUGAAACAUGGGACAGACAGUUUCAUUGUUCCCCACGUGAGCAGAGAUUGGCUUUUCUGUAUCUUGCAAAUGACAUUUUGCAGAAUAGCCGUCGAAAGGGUUCAGAGUUUGUUGGUGAAUUUUGGAAGGUUCUUCCAGAAGCUCUUCGUGACGUAAUUGAAAAUGGGGAUGAGGUCGGAAGAAAUGCCGCACUAAGACUGAUUAGCAUAUGGGAAGACAGAAAAGUUUUUGGUUCCCGCGGGCAAAUACUCAAGGAAGAACUUGUGGGCAAGCACUCAGAAAACAGUAAUAGAAAUGGGAAGCAUUUGGGCCUCAAACUGAAGCAGCCUGCUGGAAGUACAUUGGACAAGAUAAUUUCAGGUUAUCAAGUUCUUCAGGGUGGACAUGUGGAUGAAGAAGUUACAAUAAGCAAAUGUAGGAGUGCUAUUAGCUGUCUUGAAAAAGCUGAGAAGGAAAUUGGUGGCAGUACUGAUUUGGGAAAAUUCCAUGGAACUCCAUUUGUGGAAGAGCUGCAAGGGCAGCAUACUAUUUUGAGAGACAGCAUUGAGCAAUUAACAGCAAUUGAAUCAUCAAGAGCAAGUCUUGUUUCUCAUCUGAGAGAGGCUCUCCACGAGCAGGAAUCCAAGCUGGAACAAGUUCGUAAUCAACUUCAGGCAGCACAAUCCCAGUCAGAACAUGCUGGUAAUGUCUUCCAGCAAUUUCUGCAUUCCAAUAAUGUGCAGUUAGUAGCUCAGGAAAGUUCAAAGGAAGCGAAUGCUUCCAGUGCACCUCAGAGCUUCAUACCUGGAAAUAGAGAACAAUCAGCUCCAGCAAUGUACAUACGCCAGGUUUCUUUCCCUGAAAAAACUGGUCACGUUCAGGAAGAUCCCCGGAAGUCUGCAGCUGCUGCAGUGGCAGCAAAAUUAACUGCAUCAACAUCCUCUGCCCAGAUGCUUUCAUAUGUGCUCUCUUCUCUUGCAUCUGAAGGUGUCAUUGGUAAUCCGAUAAAAGAACCAGCCAGUGAAUACCCCUCCGAAAAGAGGGCUAAGCACGAGAAUGACCAGCCUUACAUUCCAACCCAGAAUCCCCUGCAGCAACCACUUCCUCCUUUCCAACAUCCUGAAUCUUUCCAAGUUGCGACAACUAGUCAGCAAUUAACCUCAAAUGAUCCACCACCUCCUCCAUCUUCGCCUCCACCGCUGCCCCCACUACCACCUAUGCCACCAUAUUCAAUUUCCCAGUACAUGCAGACUACUGGAUCGAUAAAUGCUGUGCCAUACAGCUACAGCAUGUCCCAGCAACAACCGCAUUCCUUGCCUGGCUAUCCAGGAGUUGGCACUCAAAUGACAGGUAUCGCUUCCUUCACAAUGCCUCCAACAAAUUCGUACCAAAGUUAUCAAGGUUCAGAUGGUACUUUAUACAGCCAACCGUCGUCCAUGCCGAUGGCACCAAUUUCCCGGCAAUAAAUUUUUUGAAGGCUGUUUGCAGUGGAGAAGGUUUUGCUGAGGAAUCGUAAGAUAUUUCAGAAACUAAUGUAGCUUUUUUGAUACCCAUGUUCCUUUAAUCAUACACUUAAAUUAGGUUUGCACAUUUGUAAAUGUUUGUAACUUUAUGUUUAACUGUUGGGGUUAAAAUGAUUUCUUUGGGUAUUUCCAUUGAGAAAUAGAUUUCAAUUGAUUUAUCUA